ACUAGUGGUCAGGAAAGGGACUACUACCAACUAGUGCUACAUCUCAACUCUUAGCUUCCGUCACCACAAUACCACAAUAUUCAAACCGCAGAUAAUGGACGCAUGGACCAACAUACUUUUAUUCGAUGUUUGCAACAGCAGAUAAAAAAAAAAAAAAAAAGCAAUAUCAUUCUCCUCUCCCAGAAUAUUGAAUUUUACCAUCAGAAAGCGAAAGAAAUGGCCAAAAAUAAAACCCUGGCUCUGACUCUUGAAAGAGCCAUCUAUGCUGAAGAAUAUUAUUAUGCAUCGAGCGAGAAGAGCACCGGGACGUUAAUCUAUGCAUGCACCUGCCCUUAUGCACCUGAACUACUUGGCAGUUGCUAUCAGGGGUUCGAAAGGCUUUUCUGCGUUCUUUUAAGUACAGUACUCCAAUACAACGCUCUCAAUCAGAUCACCGACCAGGUCUCAGCCGCCAUUCGAUCCGUCAACGGAAAGGACGAUAUUGACCAGGCGCUGUUAGACAAAGAGUGCAGCAAACGAUACGCCGCCGCUUAUGUUUCGGGUUUGUUAAAGCGCAUGGAGGUGUCUGCUACCUUCGCUUUGAUGAUACGAACCCCACGAUAGAAAAGGAAUCGUCCUUGAAGUUGAUUAUGGGCAUGGUCAAAUAGUUGGGAUUCACGCCAACAGAGGCCACGUACUCGUCCACGCGCUUUCAGUGUCUUCAUAAGCCCGUGCAGUAGGAGUCGGAUCGUCUGAACGUCGCGCGCAUGGUACUGUCGAAACAUAGGAUCGUAGAGCUGAUCUGCCGUGGUCAUGUCAUGGACCUGAACGAUCUGGGAUGUACACGCUUCAGGCUAUGCAUCCGAGAGGUG